AUUCUUGAGGCUUCAACUUACUUACAAGCUGCCAUUUCCUUGAUUGACUAUUUUUGAGUGAGAGAGAAUGGCGUCUAACACAUUGAUGAGUUCUACUAUAUCAGCUUUCCCGUCUCUUCUUUCUUCCUCAAAGUCAAGAUUUGCCACUUCAAUUCCAAUCUCAUGCUUUGGAAGCAAUGUGUCUUCUCGCUUCUCCAUGACUGCUGACUGGAUGCCAGGCCAACCUAGACCCCCUUACCUUGACGGUUCAGCUCCAGGUGACUUUGGAUUUGACCCUCUUCGUCUUGGAGCAGUACCAGAGAAUCUUGAGAGAUUCAAGGAGUCUGAACUUAUCCACUGCAGAUGGGCUAUGCUUGCUGUUCCAGGUAUGUUGGUACCAGAGGCAUUGGGCUUAGGAAAUUGGGUGCAAGCUCAGGAAUGGGCUGCGAAGCCCGGAGGCCAAGCAACCUACCUUGGAAACCCUGUUCCAUGGGGCACCCUCCCCACCAUUUUGGUGAUUGAAUUCCUUGCUAUUGCCUUUGUGGAGCACCAAAGAAGCAUGGAGAAAGACCCCGAGAAGAAGAAAUACCCUGGUGGUGCCUUUGAUCCUCUGGGAUACUCUAAGGAUCCUAAGAAGUUCCACGAAUACAAAAUCAAAGAAAUCAAGAAUGGACGUCUUGCUUUGUUGGCUUUUGUGGGAUUCUGUGUGCAACAAUCAGCAUACCCUGGCACUGGACCAUUGGAGAACUUGGCCACUCACUUGGCUGAUCCAUGGCACAACAACAUUGGAAAUGUCAUCAUUCCCUUUUGAAUUCAGAGAUUUCUCUGCUCUUUUGUGCUGUACUUGUAAUUAGAAUUUAAUUUGAUAUGAUAUGAUAUGUUUCAGAA